CCUAUGCAUACACGGUGUGGGUCCAUUUCAGUGAAGUGUCAAUUUGCAGAUUAACAUUUACUGAGUGUUGAUUUUAGAGCUUAGCAAUUUUCUGAAAGACUUUAUUAUUCUCAAUUUGCAUUUCUUAAAUAUAAUGGUGAUUUUAGAGGGUGUCUUUGGUAGAUGUAGAUGGAUUUGAUGUGCUGUGUCUAUACUUAUUGUGUUAGCCAUCGUUCGAUAUUAUUUUUGGUGAUUUUUUUUCUCUUCCAUUUGUGUCUCUCCUUUCUUACUAAUUUAUUUGUUAUAAAUAUUUAAUACAAGCACUCAGAAAUAGAAUAUAUAUAUUCAAUUCUUAACCUAUUCGUAAUUAAUAAUAAAACCUGUAGUACCGAUAGAAAACUUACAAGUAGCUACUGGUGCUGAUGUGAACAGUAAGAGAAAAAAGAAAAAGAAUAAUUGAUAGUGACUAAGAAGAAGAAAAUACAUAGUGGCUGAAAAAGAAAGAGCCAAGCAAAGAAAGGAAAAUAUAUGUGAAAGUGGAAGGAGAAAGACCCACGGAGCACAAAAAAAAGAAAAAGAAAAAGAAAAAAAGAAACCGAGCACAAAAAUGAAGAAAGAAAUCUGUAGUAGUGAACUGAGCAGGUCAUUGAAAAUGGAGUGAGUCACUGAAAAAAAAUAAGAGAUAGCUUGGAGAGUGGUUGUGUGCAUGAGUGGAGAAGAAUGAAGGGGUCAAUACAAGGACUGCACUGAUCAUUUUACUUGGACAAGUGCUAUUGUAGCUGGAUUUGAUGGCGAAUUCUGCUGUGAUCCUUUUAUACAGAGCUAUCUUUGUAUUUUAGAGUAUACUUAUAUAUAUUGGUUAUACGUGGGAAAAAGUAGAAGAACUGACUUCUUCAUCUGAAUUGUUGGAUACACUUCGUACAUAGUGAAGAAUGGAGACUUUAGCCCAGCUGGAAGCAAUGUGCGAGAGGCUUUAUAACUCGCAGGAUUCUGUUGAAAGAGCACAAGCGGAAAGCACACUGAAAUGCUUUUCCUUGAACAGUGACUACAUUUCGCAGUGCCAAUAUGUUCUGGAUAAUGCAUCCUCUCCGUAUGCAUUGAUGUUGGCAAGUUCGAGCUUGUUGAAGCAAGUGACUGAGCAAAGCCUUCCGUUACAGCUCCGGAUUGAUAUUCGAAACUACCUCAUAAAUUAUCUGGCAAGCAAAGGACCAGAACUGGAGCCCUUUGUUCUUGGAUCCUUGAUCCAACUCUUUUGUCGCAUUACAAAGUUUGGUUGGCUUGAUGAUGACAAAUUCAGGGAAGUUGUUAAGGAGGCAAUGAACUUCUUGAGUCAGACUUAUCUUUUGGUCUGUGGUGAUCUUUGGUCAUGGGGUUUCAAAAAAUAA